AUGCAUUACGCUACUCUCGCUGCUCUGCUCGCGGUCGGCCUGGUGUCGGCAUAUGAUCUGCCUGAUAAUUUGAAACAGAUUUAUGACAACUAUAAGUCUGGAAAAUGUGAGAACAACCUCGCUGGCGGCUUUACCGAUGGCAUCAAUGGUGAAAAUACCUUUGCCUAUUGCGGCGACAUCGAUGGCGCUAUCUUCCUGCACAGCUCCAGCAAUGGUGGCCAAUACGAUAACAUGGAUGUGGACUGCGAUGGCGCCAAUAACACUGAUGGUGACUGCGCCAACGACCAAACUGGCCAGAGCCAGACUGCGUUCAUGGAUUCCUUGAGCCAGUAUGGCAUCGAUGACUUGGACGCCAAUGUUCAUCCGUAUGUCGUGUUUGGUAACACCGACUUCGAUCCUCAGGAGUAUGGCAUGGAGCCCCUGAGUGUGAUGGCCGUUGUUUGUGGCGAUCAGCUGUUCUACGGUAUCUGGGGCGACACCAAUGGUGAGGACUCCACUGGCGAAGCGUCCAUCUCUCUGGUGCAGCUGUGCUACCCUAAUGAUGAUAUUACCGGUGACAAUGGCCAUGCCGAUGACGAUGUCCUCUACAUCGGAUUCACCGGUAAGGAUGCUGUUCCUGGCGACGAGGCUGACUGGACCACGGACGACACCGAUGCCUUCGAGGACAGUAUCAAGGAGCUCGGUGACAAGCUGGUCGCUCGUCUUCAGGACUGA